AUGAGCUUCUGUGCUUUCAAAUCCACAACAAAAUCAUCCGCUAAGUGGCUGCGCCGGAAGGAAAUCACUCUGAAGUAUCUACAGAGCCAGGCUUCUGAAAUCACGAUCCAGAAAUCAGAUCCUCUGCAGCCGGAGGACGCUAGGAUUCUGUUACCAGAGAGUCUGACUCCAAGUUCAAGCACCACGCCAUCCGUCUUCUACUUCCACAAGCAUUUUACCACUGGGAACGGGAAUGAUAAGAUCAAUGCCCUCAUUAAAGCAGCCGGUGUAAAUGUUGAGCCUUUCUGGCCAGGUUUGUUUGCAAAGGCUUUGGCCAAUGUCAACAUCGGGAGCCUCAUCUGCAACGUGGGGGCUGGUGGACCUGCCCCGGCAGCUGGUGCUGCACCAGCAGGAGGUCCUGCUCCAGCCACCGCUGCUGCCCCAGCUGAGGAGAAGAAAGUAGAAGCAAAGAAAGAAGAAUCUGAAGAGUCUGAUGAUGACAUGGGCUUUGGUCUUUUUGACUAAACCUCUUUAGUAACACAUUCAAUAAA